GCUCAGGAGAUCAGUGCACAUCUUUGUCGCUUCCAACAGCAUGGUGCUCAUCGCCUCGCGGGAGUUGCUGAGGUUUUUGGUGUCGGAGCCAUGAUACUGCAUCCAUACGACUACGUGCCUCCACCACCAGCAGAGUCGGUGCAGGCGUCGGAGGACCAGACGGAGACGGACGGCAGAAAGGAUUUGUCGGUUGGUGUAGAUAAGAGUGCCGAGAGACUCUACUACACGUACGGCGGAGGAGCAGACAGAUUUCAGCCACGCUGCACCGUCAUUCGAGAGAGCGACGACCAUUCCAUCCCCUCUAUGGAUACAGGGUUGGACCGUGGACAGCGAGGUGCUUCAGGCGGCGCGAGUGGUGUAGUCCCUGGUGGGGUUCAUGGUAGGGAGGUCACGAACAACGACGACGACGAGGAGCCGCUGGUUAUUCACAGAGCGCGCUUGGCGCGCGAGGGUGCCGCGUCCGCCGCCGAGGGUCUUAGGAGAUCAAUGAGGCUGCAGGCGAGGACCAGCUCGCCUUCAGGUGCUAGACGCGAGGUGUCAGACCAUCUAGACAACAUCACAGCACAGGCGCAUUUGCCGAGCCAGUGCACACCCACCUCAGCACCUUCAGGCCACAGGGAGCAGACAGAGCUGUGCACGAGUGACUUUCAUAGCCAUGGACACAGACUUUCUGGCAGCGGUGUUCAAGGACCGACUGACGCGGGAGUCAGAGUGGGGGACGACACCGAGUAUUAUCCCAUGGAGGGUGGUAGAGCGGAGUCCACGGAGGAGGUCCAUGCCCGGAUGGAUCGAGAGGAGGAGCAACGGCUAUGGCAGUUGCAGAGAGAGUGGGCGGGUAGACAUGCGUACAUAGCAUAGCAACAGCAUAUUCGGGACUUGGAGACCAGUAUUGCGGUUCCUGAUACGGGAGGGGUCGAGCAUCGCAUUCCUACAGU